AUGGAUACCACCCAGGACAUAACAAAAGUCGAUCAAUUGAGUAAAGUUAUUCGCUUUGUGGAAAUUGAAAAAGAUGAAAAUAAUCAACCCACCGGUAUUAAAAUACGUGAAAGUUUUAUAGGUUUCACCCAAGUUUUAGACCAAAGUGCAGCAGUGUUAACAUCUGACAUAUUAAACGCAUUAGACGCUUUACAGUUGGACCUUAAAAAGUGCAGAGGGCAAGGUUACGAUGGUGCCAGCGUGAUGAGUGGUAUUUACUCAGGUGUUCAAAGGCGAAUUAAAGAUAUUGAGCCAAAUGCUGCCUACAUUCAUUGUGCAGCACACAACCUUAACCUGGUAAUCAAUGACGCAGUGCAACAGGUUGAAGUUGUGCAAGUGUACGCCGGCACCUUUUACGAAGGGGGAGUAACAGCUCUUGAAAUGAUAAGACGUCCCCGCAAAGGGUGCAGUUUCUACUACGAUAAGAGCUAA